UCAUAAUUGAUCAAGUCACCUAAUAAAUUAGCUAGAUAGAGAGAAGAGACAUCUCAUUACUAUUUUAAGACCUUAUAAAAGCAAUUCAAUUGAUAUAUAACAUUUCAUCAUGAAAACCAACAUAUAAAUUUUGUAGACAAAGAGAUGGGGAAAAGCAAAGUGUUGAUAGUUGGAGGAACUGGUUACUUGGGGAAGAGGCUAGUGAAUGCAAGUUUAGAAGAGGGUCACGAGACCUAUGUGGUUCACAGACCCGAGACGAAUGUUGAUAUUGAGAGAGUUCAAAUGCUUUUGUCGUUCAAGGAGAAAGGAGCAACCCUAGUCUCUGCUUCUUUCAAUGACCAUCAAAGCCUCGUCAACGCUGUUAAACUUGUCGAUGUUGUCAUAUGCGCCAUUUCAGGUGUUCAUGUCCGAAGCCACCAUAUUCUUCUUCAACUCAAGCUUGUGGAUGCUAUCAAACAAGCUCGAAAUGUUAAGGUACGUAGCUAGUAACUGCAUACUACCUCACCAAGAGUGGUCAUAUUUAUAGUUGUGUUGUGAGAAAAAACCAUAAAAAUUGUAGUGGUUGAUAAAUUAUAGGGAUAAUUUCAAAAAAAAUACAAAAACAACAAAAAAAAAGAGAA